UUGAAGUUGGACCUGCAGACUGCUUUUUAUUCAGUUUGCAGACACCAUGGCUCAGCUGGUGGAGUGUGUCCCCAACUUCUCUGAGGGUCGAAACAAAGAGGUGAUCGAUGCCAUCUCAGCAGCCAUCUCCGGCACCUCCGGCUGCAGCCUGCUGGACGUGGACCCCGGAGCCUCCACCAACCGAACCGUCUACACCUUCGUAGGCUCCCCCGACGCCGUGGUGGAGGGCGCGCUGAACGCCGCCCGGCAGGCCUUCGGCCUCAUCGACAUGAGCAAGCACUCAGGUGAGCAUCCUCGGACCGGAGCGCUGGACGUUUGCCCCUUCAUCCCCGUCCAGAACAUCUCCAUGGACGACUGCGUCAACUGCGCCAACGUGUUCGGACAGAAACUGGCAGACAUGUUGAGCGUCCCCGUGUAUCUUUACGGAGAAGCAGCACGGAAAGAAACAAGAAGAAGUCUUCCGUCUGUCCGGGCCGGAGAGUACGAAGCUUUACCUGAGAAGUUGAAGCGGGAUGGUUGGGCCCCUGACUUCGGCCCUGCCGAGUUCGUGCCGUCAUGGGGCGCCACAGUAACCGGCGCUCGCAAGUUCCUCAUCGCCUACAACGUGAACCUGAUCGGCACCAAGGAGCAGGCUCAUCGCAUCGCUCUGGACGUCCGAGAGCAGGGCCGGGGGAAAGACCAGCCCGGGCGGCUGCAGAAGGUGCAGGGGAUGGGCUGGUACCUGGACGAGGCCAACGUUGCUCAGGUGUCCACCAACAUCCUGGACUACGAGCUGACCCCCCUCCACACCGUGUACGAGGAGAUCCGCAGGGACGCAGAGGACCUGAAGCUGCCGGUGGUCGGCUCUCAGAUCGUCGGUCUGAUCCCACUGAAGGCUCUGCUGGACUCGGCAGACUUCUACAUCCACAGAGACCGACUCUUCAUCCUAGAAGAGGAGCACAAAGUCCGCCUGGUCAGAGACCACUUGGGCCUCGACUCUCUCGGCCCGUUUCAAACCGAAAGAGAGAAUUCCAUAGAGUACAUGGUGAGGUCACAGGAGGACAGCCGGCUGGUUUCUCUGUCUCUGCAGCAGUUUGUUCGGAGCGUCGGUGCUCGGACAGCGGCUCCUGGUGGAGGAUCGGUUUCUGCUGCCGUCGCCGCUCUGGGGGCGGCGUUGGGCGCCAUGGUGGGUCAGAUGACGUACGGGAAGAGGCAGUUCGAGAACCUGGACGGCGUCAUGAGGAGGCUGAUUCCUCCAUUUCAUCAGGCCAUGAAUGAGCUGCUGCUCAUGGUGGAUGCCGACGCCGCUGCCUUCAACGGCUACAUGGCGGCACUGAAAAUGCCAAAGAACACAACGGAGGAAAUAAAAAGGCGUCAGGCGGCGAUGCAGGUGGGGCUGCAGCAGGCAGUUGGCGUUCCGCUGGCUCUGGCCGAGAGGAUCAGCGUCCUCUGGCCGUCUCUCAAAGAAAUGGUGGUCUACGGAAACAUCGCCUGCAAGUCCGACGCUCAGGUGGCAGCUAAAGCGUUGGAGGCUGCUGUUUUCGGCGCGUAUUACAAUGUCACCAUCAACCUCAAAGACAUCGCAGACGCCGCCUUCAAGACGACUACUCAGGCGAGAGCGUCGGCGUUGCUGCAAGAAGCGAAGGAGAGCGCCGCCGCCGUCCUCCAGGCCGCCGAGGACAGAAGCUGAAUUUAUCUGCUCGUUGUGCAGCGUUUAACCUCCGACGCUUUGUGAUUGGAUGAUUCUCGCAGCAGUGCACUCUGGGACUUGUAGUUGUGGCCUUCUCUUAAA